AUGUCUAAUACAGAAGAUUUUAGUGAUUCUGGUUCUGAAUAUCAGCCUAUUCCUGGAGAAAUUCAUACAGAAUCUGAAACAGAUACAAGUUGUGACGAAAAUAUUAUGAUGCCGUCUAGUCUAUCAGAACCUGGAACAUCUAAAUCUAGAAAAAGGUCAAUCAACAAGAAAAAUUGGACAGUUAAUAAAAGAAAGUUAUUGCGUAAUAGUGGAAAAGGUUAUGUAACUAAAAUGGGAGAAAAAUACCUAAAUCUUCGAAAAUAUUGA